GCACAAAUGGGUCAAUAUCCCUUCGGGUUGUUCUAUAGCGAUAAUGGCGAUGUUUUUAUAAUAAAAGUGCUAAAUAAAUGUUGUAGUAUUUUAUGUGUAGAAUUAAAAAAUGUUAAUAUUAAUUAAAUAAUGCUGGUUGAUUCAGUAUGGAUCCCAACGGUAACGGAAAAAGAGGUUUGCCAAGGCUUAGAGAAAUUAUCAGACGUCAAAGACAGGAUUCAGAUGGGGGUUGCGGCGAUUCUCCAGACUUGGAGUUCGUUUACGACGACACGGACUCGCACGCGAACGAGAUCGCCGAGCUGUACAGUUACACCGAACAGCCCGAGCUCACCCUCAAUGUUCGGGCGUUCGAAGACCAGAUGGAACAGUACAAUCUGCCGCCGAGCUGGCAAAGGUUGUCGGUGGAGAACCGAAAGUCGGUAGUGUUAAAGCUGCUGGAUCAGCUGGAGAUCAGCAGCAAGCCUUUGCGCAUGAGAAGCGCCAGAUGUAUUUUAUAUGUAGCUCAGGGAUGUUGGGCGGAAAUGCAGUCCGAUGCCGAGCAGUUGCAAUGGGCUCGCAAAAACGCCAUCCUACUCUACCAACUAGGUGCUUUUAGUGCUUUCACUGAUUUACUUAAUAUAGAAAUCGAAAAUAGUACCGCAGCUCACGUGGCGAUGAGAAAAAUCGCCGUUUCUCUCGCUGAUUCUCAGGAUUUGCGCGUCAUAUUGUCUGUGUUAUACACCAUUACCGAAGUAAUAAGAAACGAGAAAGCGACAGAGUGUACGGAAUUUGAAACCGAUGUGGACUCUUUUUGCUACGAAAUAGCCAAUUCCACGGGAGAAGACCUCUUAGUUGUCAAACUACUAGGCAUGGUUACUAGGUUUUGCAGUGGCGCCGCGCCACAUUUCCCCAUGAAAAAAGUGUUACUUCUCCUGUGGAAAUUAAUAUUAGUCUCUCUAGGCGGUAUGAACACAUUGAAAGAUCUGAAACGCGAAAAGCGCGACAAAGCAGGCUUGCCGCAACAAGAUGAAGACACCAUGGAAAUAGCGAAAACCAUGAGAUCCUCAUCGCCGCCUGCAAGCGCUUCGGACCUUCUCGAAGCCCAAAACCAAAAGAGGAACACCAGACCGUUCAGAAGGAGUCUGAUGAAGCAAAGCAGCCUCGACGAUCACGAGACUCUGGGCAUGGAGUUGGAGGCCUCGAUGAGCGGGGAAAAUUCCGACGAAAUGAGCGAGAUGUCCGAAUACGACGAGCGCAGGAUGCCGGAAAAUAACGAUAACCAAAUGUAUGGCAAUUACCAGAAUAGGCCUGCGUCGCCUUCCAUGCAGAAUAACGUUUUGUUGCCGCGCGGUUUGCCUUGGAAGCCCAAAGUUCGCCAGAAGGACAUCGACAUGUUUUUGGACACUGCUCGCUUGAAGUUUGUCGGUUACAGUUUGCAGAACGACCGGACCACGGUCUUCGGUUUACCGGAACCCAUUUUAGAAGGUGUAAAGACGCUGAAAGACCACGUGUACACGUCGUUGGCGGAGUUACAAAUCCAAAAGGAGGAGGAGAUGGCCCGUAACCCUCUGUCCACUUCCGAGGGCGAGAUAGACAUGACGCCGACGGAAAUUUUGUAUCAGGCCAUGUUGCCGAAUUUACCUCAGUAUAUGAUAGCACUGUUGAAAAUUCUACUAGCCGCUGCACCUACCUCAAAGGCAAAAACCGAUUCGAUCAACAUAAUGGCGGACGUUUUGCCCGAAGAGAUGCCUAUGACCGUUCUUAGAUCCACUAAACUCGGAAUUGAUGUCAAUAGACAUAAGGAAAUUAUCGUGAAAGCUGUAUCUGCCAUAUUGUUACUACUACUAAAGCACUUUAAGAUUAACCAUAUUUAUCAGUUCGAGUUUAUGUCGCAGCAUUUGGUUUUCGCUAAUUGCAUUCCUUUGGUUUUGAAGUUUUUCAACCAGAACAUCAUGGCUUACGUUGGAGCCAAGAAUGCCAUUCCAAUUCUGGACUUCCCGUCCUGUGUGAUCGGCGACCAGCCGGAGUUGUCGCAAGAAAGCCUGGAAAUCGGCGAUGCGAUUCCAUACUCGUGGAGGAACAUGUUUUCCUGCAUCAAUUUGCUGAGAAUACUGAACAAAUUGACGAAAUGGAAGCACAGCAGAAUAAUGAUGUUGGUGGUGUUCAAAUCGGCGCCCAUUUUGAAGCGCACCCUCAAAGUCAGGCACGCCAUGACGCAGCUGUACGUUUUGAAGCUGCUGAAAAUGCAGACCAAGUACUUGGGACGGCAAUGGCGCAAGUCCAACAUGAAAACAAUAAGCGCCAUCUACCAGAAGGUUCGGCAUCGCUUGAACGACGAUUGGGCAUACGGAAACGAUUUGGACGCGAGACCAUGGGACUUCCAAGCCGAAGAAUGCGCCCUAAGGGCUUCAGUUGAUAGAUUUAAUAAUAGAAGGUAUACACAGAUAGCCGAUAGUGAAUACGAACCAAUCGAUAACUGCUUGAACAGUGUUUUGGGUACAACUCACGAUUUGUCGGAUAGUUUUAAGAGGCACUAUCACUUGUGGUUGGAACAAGAAGUUUUUGGUACACCCAUUGAAUGGGAAAAAUUGUUGAAGCAAGGUUGAUUAUUAUUAAAUUUAUAUACCUACAGCCUUUUUAUAAUUUAUUUUGCAAUAAAUGUUUCAGUUUGUUUAUAUACUACACUGUACAUCACCUGCAAUAAUAACAGCCUUUUGAUAGAUAACUGUAAUGUUUAUUGCAUGUAUAUAUAGAGCUGUCCUAUUUAGUAAUUUUGUAGUCCUAUUUAUUAUCAUAAGAUGAAAUAUAAUGAUACAUUUAU